AUGGCGACCGACGUUCAAGCUGCCGUGCGCGACCCGAGCGGUACCGCCAAGGGCAUCGCGGCAGCGGCGGGCAGCGAGGACGGCGUGCUCUUCAACGCGUGCCUCUGCUGCUACAACGCGGUCGACCUGAGCGACGUCGUCCUCUGCUUCAAGGGCCGCGGCCAGUACCUCUGCCUCACCUAUCAAGGCUGCGUCGACGUGAACACCGAGUGCCUACCCAUCGGCAUGAUUGACGACGACUCCAACGGCAGCGUCUGCAAGCUCGGGCUGGGCUGCCUCACAAUCGGACUCACCACCGACCUCUCGACCCCUUGCUGCGGGCAACUUCACGAGAUGGCGCGUUAG